AUGGAGGCGGCCGAGGCCCCGCGGGCACGGGACGGCCGGGACCCGCACAGGCCCCGGGAGCGGGAGCGGGAGCGGGGAAGGGAGCGGGUCCCCGGCCCGCCGAGGAGGGAGCGAGAGCGGCGGGCCGACGGCCAGGGGAGGCCGGCCGGCCGCGGGGACCGGACCACCGAAAGGACCGGCCGGACGGACGGACAGAGGUCCGGCCCGGGCCAAAGGGGCGGCCCCGCCGAGAGGACCCACGGCCCGCACGGCCCGCACGGCCCGCGGGACCGGGAGCGGGACCGGGCCCCGGACCGGCGCCACCAAGCCCCGAGGCACCCCGGACCCUCUGGCCCCCGCUCCCCCGCCCCGCCCCACGGGAACCCGCCAAGCCUAGGCCCCGCCAGUGGCCCCCCUGAGGCCAGAUAUCUUCCCUCAAGUCCCCAUCCCGGCCUGGAGGAGGUGGAGUACUACGGCCUGGAGGAAGAGUCUGAGGCAGAAGGACUGCUCGAUUGCCACAGAUGCCAAUACCUUUGCACUGGGAGAGCUUGCUGCCAGAUGGUGGAAGUUCUGCUGAAUUUGCUGAUCCUGUCCUGCGGCGCCAUGUCUUACAAUUCGACGGGGGGCUACACGGGCAUCACCAGCUUGGGGGGCAUUUACUACUACCAGUACGGAGGGGCUUACAGUGGUUUCCAUGGCGCCGAUGGGGAGAAAGCCCAACAGCUGGACAUCCAGUUCUACCAGCUGAAGCUGCCCACGGUCACGGUCGCCAUGGCCGUCGGAGGGGCGCUCAUGACUUUCUGCUGCCUCCUGCUUCUGCUGGGCGUCCUGCGGGUGCCCUGGCACUGCCCGGCGUGGUUGGUGCUGGAAGCCCUGCUGGACGGGCUCAUCGCCGUGGGCUACGUGCCGGCUUUGUAUUUCUAUUUCCGCCACCUCGCGGCGGCCUACGAUUCUCCCGUGUGCAGAGAGCGGGAACAGCUCUAUCAGAGCAAAGGCUACAAUGGCUUCAAUUGCAGCUUGCACGGGGGAGACAUCGGAGCCGGACUCUUUGCUGCCGUAAGCAUCGUGGCCUUCGUCCUCAGCGCCGUCUUGGCCGUCAGGGGAUACCGAAAAGUCCGAGGGCUGAAGAAGAAGCGGCCAGUGGAAAUGCCCGAGUUGUACGAUCUUCCUGUCGGGGGUACCGGCUCCGGAAGAGCUCUCUCACUCUGCCUCUCUUCUCCGUGAGAACCCCAGGCUCUUGAAGCCGACACGGGUGGGAUCGUCGGCUGAGGGACGCCGGACUGAAUUAAGGCACAGAGAGGCGUACUUUUUUGUAGUGGAAGGUUGUUGGCCGUCUUUAGAGACCCCUGUACCUGGGGCUCGAGAGACCCGUCUUACCGACUAAUAAGGAGAAAGUCUGUCUGCGGUGGUGCACGGUUCUCGGUGAGCUCAAGGGAGACUGUGCUCACUUCCGGUUGGUGUCUUCUGAGGUCCACUGAAAGCUACACCCCCAAGGGAAUCCUCCUGUCUGCUUACUUCUUUCUAAUCACAGCUGCCUUAAGCAGAUCCAGUCUGGAACCUACGCUAGCCUCAGAAUCCUAUAAUGGUCCCCGAACGCUAUACUUUCGGCCGGAGAAAUGAAAAACAAAACACCACGUGAAUGACGCCAGAAUUUAAUCAUGGAGAAAUGAA